AAACACCUUUGAUACAACAGUGGUAGUUUACUGCCAGUCUUUUUUUAAGUGGUCCGAGACAGCCGCCAUUGCUUCGGUGAAUAGGUCUAUGUUUGUUGCAGUUUAUUCUGUGUACUCAAUGUUGCGUUUUUCAGCUAACCCUUGCAAACGUACUGUGAUGUUUUGGUGGGCUAUUCGUCAACAUUAGGCUACUGCAGAUGAUACAAAGUAGCUAAGUUGAAACGUUGAGUGCCAUCUUAUUUGAGUACAAAGGGAAAAAAAGAGCAUCGGCCUCCAAGACGCAUUUAGCUCGGAAAUAUCAACCCAGUUGUAGAUUAAGUCACCGGUGAUAGUUCGCUUUAUUUGGUAUUUUUUGAAGAAAUUGAUUUUUCACUGCCUUGACCAUGUCGCUUCACGGUAAGCGCAAAGAAAUUUACAAAUACGAGGCGCCAUGGACGGUAUAUGCAAUGAAUUGGAGUGUGCGACCAGACAAGCGCUUUCGUCUCGCUCUUGGCAGCUUUGUCGAGGAGUACAAUAACAAGGUUCAGAUAGUUGGAUUGGAGGAGGAGAGCUCAGAGUUUGUCUGCCGCAACACAUUCGACCACCCUUACCCCACCACAAAGAUUAUGUGGAUUCCCGACACCAAAGGGGUGUAUCCUGACCUGCUGGCUACCAGUGGAGACUACCUGCGCAUUUGGAGGGUGAGCGACACUGAGACUCGUCUGGAAUGCCUGCUCAACAACAACAAAAACUCUGACUUCUGUGCACCGCUGACAUCCUUUGACUGGAAUGAGGUGGACCCUAACCUGCUGGGUACCUCCAGUAUUGACACCACCUGCACUAUCUGGGGCCUGGAGACAGGUCAGGUACUGGGCAGGGUCAACCUGGUGUCUGGCCAUGUCAAGACUCAGCUCAUCGCCCAUGACAAAGAGGUCUAUGACAUCGCAUUUAGCCGAGCCGGUGGUGGCCGGGACAUGUUUGCGUCGGUGGGGGCAGACGGCUCUGUGCGCAUGUUUGACUUGCGCCACCUGGAGCACAGCACCAUCAUCUACGAGGACCCCCAGCACCACCCGCUGCUCCGCCUCUGCUGGAACAAACAAGACCCCAACUACCUGGCCACCAUGGCCAUGGAUGGAAUGGAGGUGGUGAUCUUGGACGUCCGUGUGCCAUGCACCCCAGUGGCCAGACUCAACAACCACCGUGCCUGUGUCAACGGCAUCGCCUGGGCGCCCCACUCCUCCUGCCACAUCUGUACAGCAGUAGCGGAUGACCAUCAGGCGCUGAUCUGGGACAUCCAGCAGAUGCCCAGGGCCAUCGAGGACCCCAUCCUGGCCUACACAGCCGAAGGCGAGAUCAAUAACGUCCAGUGGGCAUCCACCCAGCCUGACUGGAUUGCAAUCUGCUACAACAACUGCCUAGAGAUUCUCCGCGUCUGACAUGACCUGGGCUCAGCUCUUAGCGGGACAGUCUGAGGUGAUCCUCGGAAUCUGAUCUGAGCUCAGUGUUGAUGUCCUAUUUAUACAGUUGGUAAACCGAGAGGGAUUGUAUAACUCCAGCCCGCUCAAGAACGGACAUGGCAACUUCAUUUUAAAAAAAUCUGACGUCAACAGGGACUCCUGUUCAUGAAGGACUGAACCGUGUGAUAAUGAUACUGGAUUGUGUGUGUGUUGUUGCACUUUUCAUCUGAGGAUAAUGUUAUAGAUGCCCUUUACAUUCAAAGGGGGGCGACAACGUUACCCACAGACAAUGUUUACACCCUCCUGAGUAAUUUACGGAAAUGCUCAAGACAAUUUGGUGUACAUACCACACAUGUUGCACUCGCACUCCCCCUGGCUGCCUCUCAAUUUAUAAUUUUCUCAGCAGUUGUCAUUUUUGACAGACAUGUUUGAAUAAGAUGCGGUUCAUUGUGAGCUGAUGUUUGUGAAGGAAAAACAAGAACACAAAUCAAGAG